AUGGCUGUGGUUCCAUCAGUGUCCAUCAAGAUGAAGUUGUGGGGCAUGUGCGCCCUCUUCCUCAUCUUCCUGUGGCUAUCAGCCUCUAUGACAGUAGGCUUUCCCAUCAUCCCACACAAGGUGAGAUGCCGGUCGGUCAAGUAUAGUCCGUGCUACCUGAUUUGGCACUUCUGCCCCAUCCAGUGCCCCACAAGUUGUUUGGUUGACUGUAUCAUCUGCAAACCUGUUUGCAGUUGCAAUCUUCCUGGGGCAAUUUGUGAGGACCCUAGGUUUGUAGGUGGAGAUGGCAUUACUUUCUAUUUCCAUGGCCGAAAAGAUCAAGACUUUUGCAUAGUUUCAGAUACCAAUCUCCAUAUCAAUGCUCACUUUAUUGGCAAGAGAAACCCUAAUCUCAAAAGAGACUUCACCUGGGUACAGUCCAUUGGAAUAAUGUUUGGCUGCCACAAACUUCUUGUUGCUGCUAAAACAACGUCAACAUGGGAUGACAAUGUGGACCGCCUUGCUCUAUCCUUCGAUGACAUGCCAAUCGACCUCCCCAACAAGGAAGGAUCCAAGUGGCAGACCCCAAUUGCACCACUUGUCUCCAUAACGCGCACUGGUGACACCAACAGGGUUGUCGUUGAAGUCGAACAAAACUUCAGGCUUAGUGCAGUGGUCGUUCCAAUCACAGCCGAGGAGUCUAGAGUACAUAGCUACAAUAUAACUGAUGAGGAUUGCUUUGCCCACUUGGAAAUUGGGUUCAAGUUCUAUAAGCUUACAGAUGCAGUGGAUGGAGUGCUAGGGCAGACAUAUAGGAGGAACUAUGUAAGCAAGGCAAAGAUGGGGGUGCCAAUGCCGGUAUUAGGCGGUCUUCAUAAGUUUUCAUCUUCAAAUAUCUUUGCCACUGACUGCCCAGCAUCUCAGUUUGGGAACCAUGCCUUGCCAGAAAACAGGACUGGAGAGUAUCCAAGCUUGCAUUGCAGCAGUGGGCUAAAUGGGACUGGCGUAGUUUGCAAGAAAUAG